AUGGUGGAGAACUUUGUUCUUCACAUAGUAAAGAAGAUUGGAGAAUAUCUGGCUGCCACAGUUGGCCGCCAGUUUGGUUAUUUGAUUUUCUAUGACAGAGACAUUAAGAAUCUGGAGGAGCAGGUCCAAAAGCUGGAAGAUAAAAGAUUUAGAGUACAAAAAUCAGUUAAAGAAGCAGAGACAAAGAGAGAAACUAUUGCACCAGAUGUUGAGCGGUGGUUGACAUUGGUCAAUAAACUCAUCGAAGAGGCUACGAAAUUUCUCGAGGAUGAAGAGAACGCAAACAUAGGGUGUCUGAAUGGGUGGUGUCCAAAUUUGAAGUCACGCUACUCCUUGAGCAGAAAAGUUACAGAGAAAACUGAAAGUGUGGAAAAGCUACUUGGAGAAGGAGAUUUCUCUAGAGUGUCCUAUCCUGCAGUUGCACCUACUGUGGGGACAACAUUUGCAUUCACUAGAGGUUUUAAGGGGUUUGAAUCUAGAAGAUUGACUAUGAAUGGAAUUAUAGAGGCACUGACAGAUGAUAGUAUCUAUGUAAUUGGGAUAUGUGGGAUGGGAGGGGUUGGUAAAACAACUAUGGUGAAAGAAGUUGCCAAGAAAGCGGAAGAAAAGAAGAUGUUUGAUAAAAUCGUGAUGGUAGUAGUGUCCCAAAACCCAGAUUUGAUUAAUAUUCAAGGUGAGAUGGCCAAAAUAUUGGGUUUUGAAUUAUCUGGGGGAAAUAAUUUAUUUGCCAAAGCAGGGGAACUAGGAUCAAGAAUAUUGAAGGCAGGAAGAAUCCUUGUAAUAUUGGAUGAUGUUUGGAAGAGACUGGAAUUGAAUGACAUAGGAAUUCCAUUUGGAGAUAAUCACAAGGGUUGCAAAAUUGUGAUGACUUCAAGAAAUGAAGAUGUAUGCAACGGCAUGGACACACAGAAGAAUUUUAAAGUUGGUGUCUUACAUGAAGAAGAAGCAUGGAAUCUCUUGAAGGAGAUGGCUGGAAUUUCUGACGAAGGUACAAGUCACCCAACUAAUUUACAGUUGAUGCAGAUGGCAGUUGCGAAGGAAUGUGGAGGCUUGCUGAUUGCUAUUGUUAUAGUUGAAAGGGCACUCAGAUGCAAAAACAAGUAUUCAUGGGAUUCUGCUCUUGAACAAUUCCGAAAGUCUGUGGUCAAAAAUAUCAGUGGAGUGGAUGAAAAGAUGUUUAUAUCUCUGGAGUUGAGUUAUGAUUCCCUUGAUAGGGAUGAAGCCAAGAAAUGCUUUCUGCUCUGCUCUUUAUUUCCGGAAGAUUUUGAUAUUUCAACUGAGGAUCUCGUUAGAUAUGCGAUUCGGAUAGAGUUGUUUGAGCGCGUUGAUAGUGUGCACCAAACAAGAAAUAGAGUACAUUCCUUAGUUGUUGACUUAAAAAAAUGCUAUCUAUUGAUGGAAAGUGAAGAUGCAGAGUGGAUCAAAAUGCAUGAUGUCGUACGUGACGUGGCUAUAUCAAUUGCAUCUAGGAAGAAACAUUCGAUUGUCGUGAGAUGUGAUGAAGUAUUGAAAGAAUGGCCUGAGAAAGACUGA